UCAAUAGUUACCACGGCCACAAAGUCAUAAACACCUCUAUUUCUACAAUAUUCAUACAAUCUUAUUUUAAACCUAACCACACUGCCAACCGUAUGCCUAACAUUAAAUUCAGACCCAAAAUAAAUGUUUUGUUUUCAUGAAUCUUUACCAUAGCCAAUUCUGACUCUGUCGCUGUGGUAACUAGUGGAAACUCCUCAAUCUUACGGAAAAGGAACGCUAUCGCAUUUGUUCUCCUUCAAAGCAGUGAAUGGUGGGGUUGUGAGGACCUGGACUAUAAGGAAGGCACAGGCUGGGAAGCACUGAAACAACCAUCAUGCUCAGGAACUGCACUGUCAGUGUUAAGGACAUUACUGCAAGGCUGUUUAGUGCUCACUCACUAGCUGAUGUCUUAUAGUGACUGCCCUUAUCCCCUACUUUUCAACUUCCCUUCAUAGGGCACGAGUCGACACACUAACAAAUGCAGUAAGAGUAAAAUCAUUUUUACCCACAAACAGACACUCUUGAAUUGCAAACCAUGGUGGAUAACCGCUACGCUACGGCCCUGGUCAUUGGCUCUGUUCUGAGUCUGCUGGCCACAGUCUAUCUCUCCGUUGCCGUGGGAACACAGCACUGGUACCAGUACCGAAGUCCGCCCGGCAACCAUGAGGCCAGCAACGCUUCGGAGCUGCGCGAGGACUUCAUCAACGGGGAGUUUGAUGAAAAGGCUUACAGCGACACUCUGUUCCGCCUCAACGGCACACUGGGGCUGUGGUGGAGGUGUGUGCAGGCGCCCGGCCAGUCGCACUGGUUCAAAGAGCCUGAUCCUAAGAUGGUGACACAGUGUGUGAGCUUUACUCUGCCUCAGCAGUUUUUACCCAAGUACAAAGAACCGGGGAAUCACAACACUGGGGAGGACCUGCUUCGGACAUACCUGUGGAGGUGCCAGUUCCUGCUGCCUCUGGUGUCCCUAGCCUUUGUUAUCCUCAGCGGCCUCAUCGGCGUUUGCGCCUGCCUCUGCCGCAGCAUCACCCCAACCCUGGGUGUUGGAGUGCUCCACCUGCUGGCAGGUCUGUGUUCCCUGGGCACAGUGUGCUGCUUCCUGGCUGGCAUGGACCUCCUCCACAGGGUCUCGGUGCUUCCCGACGGUGUGGACGGCUCCCUGGGCUGGUCCCUGUACCUGGCCCUCAUCUCCUCGCCACUGGAGAUGAUGGCGGCCGCCCUCUUCCUGUGGGCCGCCCGGAGCCACCGCCAGAACUACACCCGCAUGACGGCCUACCGGGUGGCCUAAACAGACUGGGUUUCUUUUAUACGUCAGGGUUGCACUCAGUAAGAGCAUAAAGUUUUGAAAUGGAAGACGUGAAGUGUUUCCAGUAACAUGCAGACUCCAAUUUGUAGAAGAUGAGAUUGUUUCUAUGAAAUGGCUACGUUUCUAAACAUUUUACAAACGGCAUGUUUAACUGAAUGUGACCCUAAGCUAAUCCUAAAUGGCAGUCUACACAACCAUGAUCUAUACUCCUGAGGGGUAUCCUACGAAGCAGGUUUGAGUAAUUAGCAAGGUGACUUUGGUCAACUCCGAGUUCAAUUCGGGGCCCCAGUCAUACGAAAGUGGCUCACCUUUUAGCCAAGUACAUUUCUAUGGCAAUGAAUCCAUCAGAACUAACCUGCUCCAGGGCAGGCUAACUUGCAGCUAACUCCACUUACCCUGAAUAAAAUUACUUAGUCGUGAGUUGAGGACCAAUGAAAUCCGAUACCUCUCGAACAAAGAUUGCGUCAUCAUCCCUUUCAUUUGAGGAAGACGAAUGAUUCAAUAUUUUAAAAAAAAAUCUAUAUUUUAAUUUGAUUAAAUGUUUGUGUAAAAAAAAUAUUUACACAUUUAGUAAUGACAGAAUGCGUUUUAAGCGUCACUCGAUGUAACACUUGUAUAAUUUAAUAAAUAAAUAAAUAUUGAUAGGAGUGGGUAGAAAGUGCUUGUGCAUUGAUAAGCACAUUGAUAAGCACACCGAAGUCAGCAUUCAUGAGAAUAAAAAAAUAAUAAUAAAGACGGUUGGUUCAUUUUGGAAAACCCUGAGUAGUUUUAGCUUGCUUCCUAGGAUACUCCUCUGCUCUUGAAAGGCCUAUGUGUGUUUGCGUCUGUUAACCGUCCUGUUUGUAAGUAGAAUCUGGGUCACGUUCAGAGGGUUGCAACGUACUGAAACAUUGCAAAUAGAAAUGUGAUCAUUAGAGCUGACGUUUCUUACUCGUCAUGUCAGAGUAUCUGAAGGCGCCAUAACGUUGUGCCCCACUGAACACAACUCAAGUGAUUUAGUGCUGGGCUUGGGACAAAAGUCUGCACACUGGCCUCGCCAGGACGAGGCAUGAAGAGCACAGGGUAGCCCAGUGAUUCACUCUGUAACAACUACGCCUUUACAUUGUCGUCGUCGUGACAAUCUUCCCCAUUACUAUACCUGAUUGACAGAUUUGAGGGUGACUAAACCUUCGACACCUUAACUCCACCCCACGGGGGUGGCCUAAACAAUCUCUCCACCUUAAGCACAACUGUUCGACAGCUCACACUAGCCAAUCUAACCUGAAACGAGACAUCGCCUGUAUAAACAUACCCUAAGAGCUUCUCACUGUCGUAGAGGCAAGUGUUUAAUUUGAUUUUACUUUUAAGGUGAAUUUGUCCCCAGCCGCACGUACUGUAUGUGUAUAAUGUUUAACAACACCUGUGGUUGAUUAUGAGAAGGUGAAGUGCGUUUGUUUUUCUUGAAGCCUGUUUGUGGGUGAAUCUUUUAACGAGUCUUUUUAGAAUUCAAGUUAACAACGAUUGGAUAUUUUGCCUUUGCUUCUGUUGCCAUCUCUACCAUUUAUGAAUGAACACUUUUUGCAAUCCUAGCCUUUCUUUUUCUAGGUUUUCCUAAACCAAAUAGUUUGUUGCUUUUGAAGUUUUGUAUUAUGUUAUCUAUAGAGCGUUGUAGUGACUUUUGACCCCGUUUGUUUACAUUUCCCUUUUUUUAUUUCAGCUGAUGAGAAUGUUCAGUUUAAUUUUGUGUCAUAUGUUGAUUGAAUGUCACCUUUUGGAAUGUAACCACUUCUUUCCCAUUGUCAUCCAUAUUUAUUGACAUUUAUUUGAAUCUAAAGACAUGUUAUCCUGGGUUGUUUUGACGCCACUAUAGCUAACCUGUGGUUUGAUCUUCCUCUUGAUGAUUGUGGACUUCAGGAAACAGCAGAGGGAACACCCCCCUAUCCACAUCGAUGGAACAGUAGUGGAGAGGGUAGCAAGUUUUAAGUUCCUCGGCAUACACAUCACAGACAAACUGAAUUAGUCCACUCACACUGACAGCGUCGUGAAGAAGGCGCAGCAGCGCCUCUUCAACCUCAGGAGGCUGAAGAAAUUCGGCUUGUCACCAAAAGCACUCACAAACUUCUACAGAUGCACAAUCGAGAGCAUCCUGGCGGGCUGUAUCACCGCCUGGUACGGCAACUGCUCCGCCCUCAACCGUAAGGCUCUCCAGAGGGUAGUGAGGACUGCACAACGCAUCACCGGGAGCAAACUACCUGCCCUCCAGGACACCUACACCACCCGAUUUUACAGGAAGGCCAUAAAGAUCAUCAAGGACAUCAACCACCUGAGCCACUGCCUGUUCACCCCGCUAUCAUCCAGAAGGCGAGGUCAGUACAGGUGCAUCAAAGCUGGGACCGAGAGACUGAAAAACAGCUUCUAUCUCAAGGCCAUCAGACUGUUAAACAGCCACCACUAACAUUGAGUGGCUGCUGCCAACACACUGUCAUUGACACUGACCCAACUCCAGCCACUUUAAUAAUGGGAAUUGAUGGAAAUGAUGUAAAUAUAUCACUAGCCACUUUAAACAAUGCUACCUUAUAUAAUGUUACUUACCCUAUAUUAUUCAUCUCAUAUGCAUACGUAUAUACUGUACUCUAUAUCAUCGACUGCAUCCUUAUGUAAUACAUGUAUCACUAGCCACUUUAACUAUGUCACUUUGUUUACUUUGUCUACACACUCAUCUCAUAUGUAUAUACUGUACUCGAUACCAUCUACUGUAUGCUGCCCUGUACCAUCACUCAUUCAUAUAUCCUUAUGUACAUAUUCCUUAUCCCCUUACACUGUGUAUAAGACAGUAGUUUUGGAAUUGUUAGUUAGAUUACUUGUUGGUUAUCACUGCAUUGCCGGAACUAGAAGCACAAGCAUUUCGCUACACUCGCAUUAACAUCUGCUAACCAUGUGUAUGUGACAAAUAACAUUUGAUUUGAUUUGAUGCUCGUGAUAUUUUGUUUGGUUAUGUUGAAGUAAAUGUAGCUCCAGUACUUAGCUUUUCUGAAGCCUACAGUGUUUGAAGCCAGCUUGAAACUACCAAUGACAAGACAACUGGCACUAACUCCCAAGUACACUUGGUAAAUGAGCACUCAACAGAUAUUGUUUACUGGGACACCAUUUUAUGAAGGGUGUCUAAAUGUUUUGAAACAACUUGUGGCUUUUGUAAGCGUUUUUAUGUGACUAUACCUAAAGCACACUACAUACCUGUUUCCAUAAGAAUAAAGUUCACCUAUGCUGA